CUCGCUCCGGUGACCGACCGCGGGGGGGCGGGGCUUCAGGAGCGCUGAUGGAUCGAACCGAACAGCUGAGAGCGCGCGCGGAACGCCAGAGGGAACGCGGCGCGACGUUCACCCGCGAACGAAGAGCGAGCUUCUGCGGCAAACGCGUGAGAGACGAAGGACGCCGCGCGACGAGAGGGAAGCCGCAUUUUGUCACGGGGCUGUUUCCUUCGGUCCUCGGCGCUUUUUAUUGUUGGCGUUUGGCCUCGUUCGGCGACUCCCGACCGCACGAAUAACACCAAGGGAGGGAACCGGAGAGCCGUCUUUAAAAGAAGCCUUCGCGGGAGCAGAAAUGUGAGGUUUCUCACGCGAGCGUCGAGGCUUUAAUCGAUAAAGGGUCCAUCUCUUAGACCAUCAUUUUCAAGGCAACUACCACUGAUUAUAUCUUAUACUAAGAUGUCAUUAAUUCAUGUCAUGUUCCUGCUGCUCACUGGGCUGGGUGUGAGUUGGUCUCAAGAUGAGAAGCCGACAGUCCCAUUUGGCUGCAGAUUUGGACCUCCAAGACCAUACACUCUCUUAUGUGACCUGGAUGCUAUAUGGGGCGUGGUGGUGGAGGUGGUAGCAGCGGCUGGUGUGUUAGCUGCCAUUUUACUGUUGCUAGUGUUAUUGUGUCGCCUGCACUCUGUGACUGAGGCACCAAAGCGAAGUGGCAUCGGACCGAUUCUCUUACUGUUAAUGGGCAUUAUUGGGCUGUUUGGGCUUAGCUUUGCAUACCUUAUUGAGCAUAACGACAGCAUUUGUGUGGUACGACGUGCCCUCUGGGGUUUGUUUUUCUCACUCUGCUUUGCCUGCAUGUUAGCACAGGGCUUGAGACUUCGCAGGCUUGCAAGUGAAUCUCGUAGCCCAGGUGGGUGUGCCCUCGUUGGACUCGCUCUAGGGUUAACGGCAGUACAAGGUAUUAUUGCUGCAGAGUGGCUUCUUUUAACAGUGCUGCGGGAGGGUAACCCGGCUUGCGAGUAUCAGCAACUGGACUUUGCACUAGCUUGUGCCUAUGUGGUUGCGCUCCUGCUGUCUGCCCUAGUAACUGCAACAUUAGCGUUGUGUGGGAAGGCACGACAAUGGCACUGUAAUGUUGUGUGGCUUCUAGUCUCCUGCUUGCUGUCCAUUCUCCUGUGGGUGGCUUGGGUUGGUUUCUACGUCUAUGGAAAUAAAGUACUUGGAAAGUCUCCGGACUGGGAUGAUCCAGCAUUGGCUGUGGCCCUGGUAGCACAGGGUUGGUUGUUAUUGCUGUGCCAUGCUGCUCCUGAAGCCCAUGCCUGUCUUCAAGCACCACCUCAGCCUUCAGCUCCAGACUAUUUUGACACAUCUCAGAAUUCUUCACGCAUGAGAGAGGCCAGCCUUGAUGAGGACAUCCCACUUUCACACAGGCAGUUUGUGGAGAACCAGGGAUAUGCGUUUGAUGAAAAUGCUGCAGGAUUGAGAAGUGGUAGCCAUCAUAACGGCAACACAGGAGCCAGACCCAGUGCACCCUUCAGAAGUAACGUCUACCAACCGACUGAGAUGACCAUGAUACUAAAUGGAGGAGCAGUUCCAUCCGCACCUCCCACAUACACAGGAAGGCAGCUUUGGUAAAGGAGUCUGGGAGAAGGGUGAAUGGAAAAGUGGGACUGUAAAAGAAAACAAAAUCUCCGAAGUGAAUGCGGACUUACAGUUAGGAACAACAUUAAAAGCCGCCAGUGCUCCAGUGAGACUAAAAUAAAGGACUCGGAUGAUGGUGUGUAUGUGUGUGUGUGUGUGUGUGUGUGUGAGUGAGAGAGAGCGCAAUUUGACAAGCAUGAUAGAAGGAUGUUAAACCCGGACAACUCUUCGCACCAUCAAUAGCUGUAGUGAUUUUGAGUUAGUGUACUGGUAAAAGUAUUGAUGCAGUUUCACACAUUAAAUCAGCUUUUCAUUCCAACAGUAUUUUAAUUUCAUGGCUGUUUCGGAUAUCCGCCUGAAUAUUUAUCUCGCUCUGGCUUCAGAUUCACGCUGAAGUCCGGUACGUUACAUGAAGAAGCGACGGAUCCGUCUGUACUGCGGUAGUGAUUGUGCAGUAAAACAUGGACAUUUUGAUCAUUCUGUGAUAACUGGAUACAGUACUUGGAUUUUUCUGGUCAUAAUAUUUUUUUAUUUCGUGAGUUGUCGGUGCGUGAAUGACUGGCGUGCGUGCAACUGUAGCCCCGAUCCCCUUGCAACAUGCUGUGACAAAUCCUUAGCGUUCUUCUAUGGACUUUUUAGCUCAAAUCUCACUUGAUUCUAUACGACAUCUUAUUGCAAAUGGGCUGUAUUUUUAUACAUCAAAUUGUUUUUGCAUUUCGCCACUGGAGCUGCGAAAUAUUGAAUCAGUUUUGAGCCCGGCUCUGUUUAACAGUUAAACUUCAGAUCCCAGUGGAAAUAACUGAUGAUGAAGUGAGGACGAGGGGUAGGUCUGCUCAUCGUGUUUUAAAUGGCCAUAUACACACUGUAAGUUUUAGGAGUGAUAACUCCCAAUGUGGGAAGAAAUGUUCCCCACACGAGUUACUGUGCUUGAUAACUAUCACUGUUGAUAGGCUUAUUUUGUUUUGCUAACUUUAAUACAUUGUGUUUGCGUGUUAACAUUUUUUCAUCUAACUAACAUUAGAGCCCGAGCAGGCUACAUUAUUGUUUAGUCAAUGGGGUCCAGAGAGUUUAAGAUUCAAAAUGGAAAGAACAGUAAAGUAAUCCAGAAGUUUGAAUUAAACAAUUGGAGUUGUAUUAAAUUUUACUUCAUUCGCAUAUAUUUUUAUUUUAUGUACAAAAAGAGAUGAAGUAUAUUUUGCUGUGAGGGUGAUUUUUGGGCACUAAAAAGAGUGACGACUGCAGUAUGUAGAUGGCCACGGUGUAAGAAACCGGAGAACUGUGGUAAGAGGGUCUGGUCGGUUUAUUUUUUUAGACGGGUGUCUGUUUUUCCCCCUAUGAGAGUGACGAUGUGUUCUGAAAGUGUUUUUGUCGUUGAUGUUUGCUCCUUACACUGUGCUGUAACUAUCUGAAAGGGACGGGGGGGUGUAGAGAAUAACUAUGAUUUCCUUUAUAGUUAUGCAUGCAGAGUCCUAAACCACAUCACACACAAAUAUAUACUAUAUUACAGUUCACUAUUAGGCUGUUUUCCCGAAACCAAGUGUGAACAUUUGGUUGAUUUCUCGUUCCAAUUUAGAGUUCGAUUCCACCCUCCUCCCCUGGUUGUACGAGAUACAAAAGGCAAAUAAUAUGCCGACGUUAAUAACAGUUAUUCUCUGAGAAUGCAAAGAUGUAAAUUACACAUCAUCAAUCAAUCGCAGUUUAAUUCAAUUAACGAUGGAUUUCUGAACCCAACCCCAUGUGUGGUUCACCUUUGCACACCAGAGUUACUGAUCACCGUAGACAAGUAUAGAUUUGGUCUUGGGGUUCUUACAGUAUUAUUGUAGAAAUCUGAACGAGCCUAAACCCUCAAUAACCAACCACAGGGUGAGAGCUAAUAGUUACGGACAAAACCCGAAAUAUGUGUGUAUUUAACCCAAAGAACAAAAGUCUAAAAACAUUAAACAAUGCUUGAAGUACAAUACGGUAAAAGAAACAGUAAGACAUUUCUAAAAGUCAAAUAGCACUUUAAUAUGCGAGUUUCGAAGCAAUACGUGGUUAGAAGAACUGUGAAAAUUGAUCUUUAAAGAGGUCAUGACAUACUACGCUCAUUUUGCUCGUAUCCUUGGCUAACUUUGCAUGCUCUCGAUGGAUGCAUCUCUUCAGCAGCCAUUCGAAUAUAUAUCGUCCAGUCCUGCUCCUGGAGAGCCACUGUCCCUCAAAACACCUACAUGAUCCUGAAGACCUCAAUUAGCCGGUUCAGGUGUGUUUACUUUACUGUGAGUUGACUUCUAGAGGAAAAAAUCUAUUGAACAGUAUGAGUACAGCAGCCUGUCUACGUUCAUUUAUAACGCAUUGAUCGUAGAGUGUGCAUACGCUUAAAUCCACGACUGCACUCGUAUUUGUAAAAACUGUGUACGUCUGCUCAGACCCUGACGUGGCGCUAAGCACUUUUCCACGUCCAAGUAUUGCAGGUUUUUGAUAAUGUAAGCUGUUCUUGCAGCUCGCUGCUCUACAUUAUGGUGAUUAGUGAAGUUUUAUGUUAAUGACAUUUAAUUAGGAGAAAAUUUACAAGCAGAGAGCAUUUCGAGGAUCCACUAGAUAUGUUUGAGAAUGCUUAUCGGAACAAAAUGCUAACUAGCAAAAUUUCUCAUUUCCAACUCUUAUUCGUUUGUCCAAUUCACACUCAAAAUUGCUACUGGGUGGUCCAUGAAGAUGAGAAUGAGUUGUGAAACUCUUUUAUAUAAAAAUCGAAUUCCGUGUCAUGACCCCUUUAAAGCGAUCUACUAGCUUCUAGUUGAAGUGAAUGCUACCUAAAAUGUAGGUUUAUGCUCCAAACUGGGAUAGUUGGACAGUUUUUUCCAUAAGGAUGUCCCCUCAUCCCAGGUUCUCAAGGUCUUAGCGUUGGAUUUGUACUCCACGCAGCUAUGCGAGCGCACGCUUUGCGUUGUUGCGUUUGCUGUAUCGAAGUGCAGUUCGUAACGCAAUGCAAGUACUUUACAUGUUGCAUUCUCAGAACUGUCGCAAGGGGUGCUGUAGCACGCAUUACCACGAACGUCCUUCUCCUGUGGUCACUUUUUUAUGUCAACUGCUGUCCUGGUGGAGCAGUAGGGAGAAAAUAACUUAUUUACACUGUUUAAAAGUUACCUACCUGAACACUAACAUGUUUUUUAUGGCACAGACAGUAUUUGAAGGUAACUAUUAACCUAGAGUACAACGAGAAGCUCACUUGUAAUGUAUUGAUGACAUAUUUGUACCUAUGUUUGCAUAAGGCUUGUUUCUGUCCCACUACACAGGUAUUAAGAGACUUCCUGAAGGUACUGUGUGAAGGGAAAGGUCCUGUUGUGUAUUAGAGCCUUUAUAUUAAUAUAUUGUUUGUUGUUUAUGUUGUUUGGUCAGCUCCUGUAUAUGUGUGUGUAUAUAAUAUGCGCACAUGACACGUUUGUAAGGGUUAACAUGACAGUCAGAAAAUAACCUGUGUACUGUAUUUUCACAUGACUGAAAAUAAAGAAAACGGCAAUGUCAGUGUGACAGUUGGUUACAUAUGUUCAUAAAGUUAGAAAAACAGUAGUGAGAUAUGCACAUAACGUCUGUUUCCUGAAAUCUUCCAUACUACUGAAUUUCCCUUGUUUCUGUGUUCUUCACAUCGUUCACCUCUUGGUUGUUUUGCCCUCAGAUUCGAUCAUCUGGAGCUGUGCAGUGAUGCAGCAUGUCUAUGUUUAGAACGAUUUCCCCAAAAAACAGUAUAUAUGGAAUAAAACAAUUCAACAACCA